AAAAGAAACCGAAAGCGAGGGCGGUCUGUCCCUCGGUGCAGAGCCUCGCUGGGUUUGGGCAGGACAGGACAGAGCGGCAUCUGUUCUUAGAGAUAGAUUAUAUCUCGGUCUUUUCUGUCCGGUCCUUCUGCCUGUCCUUCUGGCCUGUCCUGCUGUCCGGUCCAGCUGCGCAUCCUUCUGUCCGGUCCUUCUGCCCGAUCCUUCUGCCUAGUCCUUCUCUCCUGUCCUUCUGUCCGUACUCCUAUCCAGUCCUUCUGUCCUGUCCUUCUCUCCUGUCCUUCUGACGGCCCCUCUGUCAGGUCCUUCUGUCCGUACUCCCGUCCGGUCCCUCUGUCCGGUCUCUCUGUCCGUAUUCCUGCCCGGUCCUUUUGUCCAGUCCUUCUCUCCUGUCCUUCUGUCCGGUCCUCCUGUCCGAACUCCUAUCUAGUCCUUCUGCCCGGUCCUUCUCUCCUGUCCUUCUGUCCGGCCCCUCCGUCCGGCCCUUCUGUCCGUACUCCUAGCCGGUCCUUCUGCCCGGUCCUUCUCUCCUUUCCUUCUGUGCGGACCUCCUGUACGGUCCCUCCUGCCCGGUCCUCCUGUCCGUCCCCCUGUCGAUCCUCCUGUUCGGUCCUCCUGCUGGUCCCUCUGUCCAUUCCCCCCCCCCCCAAGUCGAUCUUUCUGUCCUGUCCUUCUGUCCUGUCCUCUGUCCCUACAUAUCCCCCUGUUCGGACCUCCUGUCCGGCCCUCCGAUCCAUCCUCCUGCCCGCCCACCUGCCCCUGGGGCUGGGUGCUUCCUCUCCCUGAACGCGGGACACCCAGUGUCCCCAUCCCUCCCCCCAGGACCUCACCUGUCCAGGGGACCCCUGGAUCCAGCCGCCAGCUCUUCUCCCUGGAUCGUCAAGAACCAGUUAUAACCAUGGAUAUGAACUAUGGGCAUAUGAAUCCAGAACACUUGAGAAAAGACAUCCCUCCUGGUUAUCCACCUCAGUAUGCACCAGAAGGGUUCCAAGGCCCUGGCGGCUAUCCAGUCCCUUACGGAGGCUAUCCUGCCCCUGCACCCGGCGGGUUUCCCACACAAAUGCAGCCCACUGGAUUUGCCGUCCAACCGCAGCCUGGGGGUCCCGUUGGAACGCCAUGGAUGGUUCCGCCGCCUCUACCACCAAACUGUCCUCCUGGAUUGGAGUAUUUGUCUCAGGUAGAUCAGAUAUUGAUUCACCAGCAAAUUGAACUUCUGGAAGUUUUGGUAGGUUUCGAAACCAAUAACAAAUAUGAAAUUAAGAACAGUCUGGGUCAGAGAGUUUACUUCGCGGUGGAGGAAAAUGACUGCUGUACACGAAACUGCUGUGGAGCCGCAAGACCUUUUACCCUAAAGAUUCUCGAUAAUUUGGGGAGAGAAGUAAUCUCCUUGCAGAGACCUUUGAGAUGCUCCUCCUGCUGUUUUCCUUGCUGCUUGCAAGAGCUUGAAGUUCAGUCUCCUCCAGGAGUUACGAUUGGAUUCGUCAUCCAGAACUGGCAUCUGUGUCUGCCCAAAUUUACCAUUCAGAAUGAGCACAGACAAGACGUAUUGAAAAUCACUGGCCCAUUUGUGGUCUGUAGCUGUUGCUCUGAUGUUGACUUUCAGGUGAAGGGGCUGGAUGACCAAACUGUGGUGGGAAAGAUUUCCAAGCAAUGGUCCGGCUUGGUAAGAGAAGCUUUUACAGAUUCCGAUAACUUUGGGAUCCAGUUCCCAUUAGACCUGGAUGUUAAAAUGAAAGCUGUGAUGCUGGGAGCCUGUUUCCUCAUUGACUUCAUGUAUUUUGAAAACCCUGGAAAUGAACACUAACCUGCAGACCAAGUCCAUGCACCCCUGGAAUAGUCUUCCAGCCAUUAUCAUGAAGAGAAUAGGAGAAUAAUAGAAUUUCACAACCCAUCUCCAAACUAAGAAGACAUUCUGGGUUUUUCCUUUUUUUUUCUUCAUAUCUAUUUUUAAAAUGUUAUUUGAUCACACAAACCUUCAUUUUCUGCGAGGAGAUAACUACAAGUGCACAUUGAGAUUUGACUGACUGUUGAUCCCACCAUGCCUACUGAGAAAUACAGUUUGUGGCUCAAGACCAGUAGUCCAAUAGAUAUUUAUCUUUCUCAAUAAAGAAACAUUUUUAUCUUUGGUUUUUGAGCUAUUUCAUAAUGUAAAAAUUAUACUUUGUAAUGUCAGUAUAAAAUUCAAAUACAUAUUGCAAGUUUUAAUUGUUACACAUAAUUUGUAAAUGUAUCAAAAUAAAUAAAUGAACAGAGCAGCA